ACAUCGAGGUGCCAACAUCAUCCCCUAUCUGCCUAAUUACAUCCAUGAUACUGUCGCGGCAUCGAUACAUGCCAGUACUAGGCUGCUAAUUUAUUAGUUUUCGAGCAAAUAAUAAUCACCAAUCAUUACUAUGGUCCGUCAAAGGGGUCAGGGGAGGUCGAGGCCCGCCAAGAAAGACGGGAGUCCUCCGGCACCCUUCAAACGACCUCCGGAGGUCCUACAGCCUCUCCUCGAGACUUUGGACGAGAAGCACGUGUACAUCACGCACGUUGACUCCCAACCGGCGGAUUUUAAGCGCAAGAUCUUCAUCGUGCCCGUGCUCAUGAACCUAGGAAUUAUCGCGCUCUUCGCGUAUCGCGUGUACUACAUACUGCCGUACUACUUGCAGAUCUUCGCGUCCGUGCUAGGCUACCCCAACGAAACUACCAUGGUCGUCGACGAGAUGGAGUGGGCCGAGAUCGUGCCGGAGGUCGCAAAGCGCACCUUCUCCUUCUUCCUGGAUUUCUUACUCUACAUCUUCAUCGGACCCUGGCCUAUCAACUUCUUUCUCGCCCAAGAGGAUGGCAACCCCGUCAUAUGGCGGUGGACCGUCGGCUUCCGAGAUCGCGAGAUCGUCGUGCGCCGGAGUAAAAGAUGGGACGAGACGAAAGGAGACGUCGUCAACGAUGCUAGUGCGAAGAGCUUGUUCGUGUCUCGGAUCGGCACGGCGACGUCACCGAUGCUGCUUAACGAGAAGACGGGUUACCUUCUCAUGAACGCCGACUGGGACUUGGACUGGGCGGCUAUGGUCGACGCCACCACCAUGGUAGACAGGAAGAUGGCUGCGAUCGAAGCUUUCAACACCGUCGUCCUAGUGCACCACGAGGAGCACGGAUGGCUGAGUGUCGACAUGAAAGUCGGUGGGAAUGCGGAGGAAGAUGACAGGAGACGGCAGGUAUUCGCCUUCAGAGACGCGCUCGCUGCUGUUGAUAAGGAGGAUUUAUUCUAUCGGUGGAUCGAAAUCAUCCAGUACGAAUCGACACAGCCGGGUGGAUUUGGACCCGAAAAGCAAGAGCAAGUUGCAAAGCAGAUCAGGGAGAUGUUUGAGAAACAAGAUAUCAACUUUGAUGAAUUCUGGAAAGAAAGUGUAGGUCAGGAUGUGCCAAGUAAUCCAAAGGUAUAAUAGAGACCUAGGUACCUAAUCAAAGGGGAGCAUGCCAAAAGGAGCAUGCAAAGGGCGAAAGGAAUAUAUAGUGUGG